GAGAAAAUUAUGACAUUUGUGAAGAACGAGCUGAAGAUGUUCAAGAGGAUUCUUAGUCCAGAACUCCCAGAAGGCUUUGAGAGUCAGAAGCAGGAUAAGGAAGUGGUGGACGCUGAAGAUGAGAAGCAGGAGAGCAGUGCCAGAGAGGGGGCUCUGAAGAUCACACUGCACAUCCUGAGGAAAAUGAACCAGAAGGAGCUUGCUGACACACUGGAGAAAUAUGAUCCUGCUGUGAUUUGCCAACGUGAACUCAAAUCUAAUCUAAAGAAGAAGUUUCAAUGUGUAUUUGAGGGGAUCGCUAAACAAGGAAACCCAACACUUCUCAAUAAGAUCUACACAGAGCUCUACAUCACAGAGGGUGGAACAGGAGAGGUCAAUAAUGAACAUGAGCUGAGACAGAUUGAGACAACAAACAGGAAACAAGCAAGACCAGAGACUGCAAUCAAAUGUAACGACAUCUUCAAACCCUUAACUGGACAAGACAAACUUAUCAGAACUGUGCUGACAAAGGGAGUCGCUGGCAUUGGAAAAACAGUCUCUGUGCAGAAGUUCAUUCUGGACUGGGCUGAAGGAAAAGCAAAUCAGGAUGUCCAAUUUGUAUUUUCAUUCCCUUUCCGGGAGCUGAAUUUGAUGAAAGAGGACAAACACACUUUCAUUGAACUUCUCAAUCACUUCUCAAUGGAAACCAAACAAUCAGGAAUCUCCAUCUACAACAAGUACAAAGUUCUGUUCAUCUUUGAUGGUCUGGAUGAGUGCCGACUGCCCCUAGACUUCCAGAAGAACAAGAUCUGUUGGGACGUCACAGAGUCAACCUCAGUGGAUGUUCUGCUGACAAAUCUCAUCAAGGGAAAUCUGCUUCCCUCUGCUCUCCUCUGGAUAACUACCCGACCUGCAGCAGCCAAUAAGAUCCCCCCUGAGUGUGUUGACCAGGUGACAGAGGUACGAGGGUUCAAUGACCCACAGAAGGAGGAGUACUUCAGGAAGAGAUUCAGUGAUGAGGACCUGGCCAACAGAAUCAUCUCACACAUAAAGACAUCAAGGAGCCUCCACAUCAUGUGCCACAUUCCAGUCUUCUGUUGGAUUUCUGCAACAGUCCUUGAAGACAUACUUAAACAUAAGAGAGAAGAGAUGCCCAAGACUCUGACUGAGAUGUACACACACCUUGUGGAGUUUCAUAGCAAACAGAAGAAUGAAAAGUAUCUUGGGAAAGAAGAGACAGGUCCACACUGGAAUAAACAGAGCAUUCUGUCACUGGGAAAACUGGCUUUUCAACAGCUUGUGAAAGGCAAUCUGAUUUUCUAUGAAGAAGACCUGAAAGAGGCUGGCAUUGAUGUCAAUGAAGCCUCAGUGUACUCAGGAUUGUGCACACAGCUCUUUAAAGAGGAAUGUGUGCUGUACCAGGACAAGGUGUACUGCUUUGUUCAUCUGAGCAUUCAGGAGUUUCUGGCUGCUGUAUAUGUGUUCCUCUCAUUCAUCAACAACAAUGAGAAUCUAAUGGACAAACUGCAAACAAACGACAAGCCUAAAGUUACUGUCUACAAGAGUGCUGUGGAUAAAGCCUUACAAAGUGAGACGGGAAACCUGGACCUUUUCCUCCGCUUCCUUCUGGGCCUCUCACUGGAGUCCAAUCAGAAGCACUUACAAGGUCUACUGGCAAAGUCAAGAAGCAGCUCACAGAUCCAUGAAGAAACAGUCAAGUACAUCAAGGAGAAGAUCAGGGAGAAUCCCUCUCCAGAGAGGAGCAUCAAUCUGUUCCACUGUCUGAAUGAACUGAAUGACCAUUCUCUAGUGGAGGAGAUCCAACGAUACCUGAGAUCAGGAAGUCUCUCAAAACCCAACCUGUCACCUGCACAGUGGUCAGCUCUGGUCUUUGUGUUGCUGACUUCAGAAAAGGAGUUGGAUGUGUUUGACCUGAAGAAAUACUCCAGAUCAGAGGAAGGUCUUCUGAGGCUGCUGCCAGUGGUCAAAGCCUCCAGAGCUGUUCUGCUGUCAGGCUGUCUAGUCACAGAGGAAGGCUGUGCUUCUCUGGUCUCAGCUCUGAGGUCAAACCCCUCACACCUGAGAGAGCUGGACCUGAGUAACAACGACCUGAAGGAUUCAGGAGUGAAGCUGCUCUCUGCUGGACUGGGGAAUCCCCACUGUAAAGAGGAUCCACACUGCAGACUGGAGAAACUCAAUGUGGAACAUGGUGGAGAGUACACAAUGAAACCUGGACUUAGAAAAUAUGUCUGUGAUCUCACACUGGACCUAAACACAGUAAACAGACACCUUGCUCUGUCUGAGGAGAACAGAAAGGUGACAUGGAGGACAGAGGAGCAGCCGUAUCCUGAUCACCCAGAGAGAUUUGAGGACUGUGAACAGGUGCUGUGUAGAGAGGGUCUGACUGGGCGCUGUUACUGGGAGGUAGAGUGGAGUGGGAGAAGGGCUGAUAUAGGAGUGACAUAUAAAGGAAUCAGCAGGAGAGGAGGGGUUAAGGACUGUUAUCUUGGAUGGAAUGACAAGUCCUGGAGUCUGAACUGCUCUGACAACAGUUACAUUGCCUGGCACAAUAAUAAUCCCACUACAAUAGACGUCCCCUCCUCCAGCUCCCACAGAGUAGGAGUGUAUCUGGACUGGCCAGCCGGCACUCUGUCCUUCUACAGAGUCUCCUCUGACACACUGACCCACCUGAACACAUUCACCUCCACAUUCACUGAGCCCCUCUAUCCAGGGAUUCAUAUUUGGUAUGAUGGUGACUCAGUGUCUCUGUGUCAAAUACAACAUGAUGUUUCACUCUAGUCAGGGUCAUGUUCAGUAAGACACUCUAUCCAGGGUGUUUGGUAUGAAUAUCUCUCUAGUGUGUUAACCUCUCUAUCCAGGGUGUUUGGUAUGAAUAUCUCUCUAGUGUGUUAACCUCUCUAUCCAGGGUGUUUGGUAUGAAUAUCUCUCUAGUGUGUAAACCUCUCUAUCCAGGGUGUUUGGUAUGAAUAUCUCUCUAGUGUGUUAACCUCUCUAUCCAGGGUGUUUGGUAUGAAUAUCUCUCUAGUGUGUUAACCUCUCUAUCCAGGGUGUUUGGUAUGAAUAUCUCUCUAGUGUGUAUACCUCUCUAUCCAGGGUGUUUGGUAUGAAUAUCUCUCUAGUGUGUUAACCUCUCUAUCCAGGGUGUUUGGUAUGAAUAUCUCUCUAGUGUGUUAACCUCUCUAUCCAGGGUGUUUGGUAUGAAUAUCUCUCUAGUGUGUAAACCUCUCUAUCCAGGGUGUUUGGUAUGAAUAUCUCUCUAGUGUGUUAACCUCUCUAUCCAGGGUGUUUGGUAUGAAUAUCUCUCUAGUGUGUUAACCUCUCUAUCCAGGGUGUUUGGUAUGAAUAUCUCUCUAGUGUGUAAACCUCUCUAUCCAGGGUGUUUGGUAUGAAUAUCUCUCUAGUGUGUUAACCUCUCUAUCCAGGGUGUUUGGUAUGAAUAUCUCUCUAGUGUGUUAACCUCUCUAUCCAGGGUGUUUGGUAUGAAUAUCUCUCUAGUGUGUAUACCUCUCUAUCCAGGGUGUUUGGUAUGAAUAUCUCUCUAGUGUGUUAACCUCUCUAUCCAGGGUGUUUGGUAUGAAUAUCUCUCUAGUGUGUUAACCUCUCUAUCCAGGGUGUUUGGUAUGAAUAUCUCUCUAGUGUGUAAACCUCUCUAUCCAGGGUGUUUGGUAUGAAUAUCUCUCUAGUGUGUUAACCUCUCUAUCCAGGGUGUUUGGUAUGAAUAUCUCUCUAGUGUGUUAACCUCUCUAUCCAGGGUGUUUGGUAUGAAUAUCUCUCUAGUGUGUUAACCUCUCUAUCCAGGGUGUUUGGUAUGAAUAUCUCUCUAGUGUGUUAACCUCUCUAUCCAGGGUGUUUGGUAUGAAUAUCUCUCUAGUGUGUUAACCUCUCUAUCCAGGGUGUUUGGUAUGAAUAUCUCUCUAGUGUGUUAACCUCUCUAUCCAGGGUGUUUGGUAUGAAUAUCUCUCUAGUGUGUAUACCUCUCUAUCCAGGGUGUUUGGUAUGAAUAUCUCUCUAGGGUGUUAACCUCUCUAUCCAGGGUGUUUGGUAUGAAUAUCUCUCUAGUGUGUUAACCUCUCUAUCCAGGGUGUUUGGUAUGAAUAUCUCUCUAGUGUGUUAACCUCUCUAUCCAGGGUGUUUGGUAUGAAUAUCUCUCUAGUGUGUUAACCUCUCUAUCCAGGGUGUUUGGUAUGAAUAUCUCUCUAGUGUGUAAACCUCUCUAUCCAGGGUGUUUGGUAUGAAUAUCUCUCUAGUGUGUUAACCUCUCUAUCCAGGGUGUUUGGUAUGAAUAUCUCUCUAGUGUGUUAACCUCUCUAUCCAGGGUGUUUGGUAUGAAUAUCUCUCUAGUGUGUAUACCUCUCUAUCCAGGGUGUUUGGUAUGAAUAUCUCUCUAGUGUGUAUACCUCUCUAUCCAGGGUGUUUGGUAUGAAUAUCUCUCUAGUGUGUAAACCUCUCUAUCCAGGGUGUUUGGUAUGAAUAUCUCUCUAGUGUGUAAACCUCUCUAUCCAGGGUGUUUGGUAUGAAUAUCUCUCUAGUGUGUAAACCUCUCUAUCCAGGGUGUUUGGUAUGAAUAUCUCUCUAGUGUGUUAACCUCUCUAUCCAGGGUGUUUGGUAUGAAUAUCUCUCUAGUGUGUUAACCUCUCUAUCCAGGGUGUUUGGUAUGAAUAUCUCUCUAGUGUGUUAACCUCUCUAUCCAGGGUGUUUGGUAUGAAUAUCUCUCUAGUGUGUUAACCUCUCUAUCCAGGGUGUUUGGUAUGAAUAUCUCUCUAGUGUGUAAACCUCUCUAUCCAGGGUGUUUGGUAUGAAUAUCUCUCUAGUGUGUUAACCUCUCUAUCCAGGGUGUUUGGUAUGAAUAUCUCUCUAGUGUGUAAACCUCUCUAUCCAGGGUGUUUGGUAUGAAUAUCUCUCUAGUGUGUAUACCUCUCUAUCCAGGGUGUUUGGUAUGAAUAUCUCUCUAGUGUGUUAACCUCUCUAUCCAGGGUGUUUGGUAUGAAUAUCUCUCUAGUGUGUAAACCUCUCUAUCCAGGGUGUUUGGUAUGAAUAUCUCUCUAGUGUGUUAACCUCUCUAUCCAGGGUGUUUGGUAUGAAUAUCUCUCUAGUGUGUUAACCUCUCUAUCCAGGGUGUUUGGUAUGAAUAUCUCUCUAGUGUGUUAACCUCUCUAUCCAGGGUGUUUGGUAUGAAUAUCUCUCUAGUGUGUUAACCUCUCUAUCCAGGGUGUUUGGUAUGAAAAAUAUGUAGUAGCAUUACUUUAAGGUUAAUAUAAAUGAUAGGUGUGUACAAUCGUGUUACUCUGGUUGUGUAAAUUGCUGUUUUCACAUAAAUCUGUACCUAAUUCAC